AAUCAGACGUGUAAAAUAACGUGGGUUAAAUUACAAUUAUAUUCCACGAAAUCGCCGCGUUGGGAUAUACGUCAAAGUUAAACUGCUAGCUGUCAUGCAGUGGAUCGUACCGUGGACGAACGUUUGAGCAGCAAGGAGCGGACAUCUUGAUAACUCGCCAUGGGAUGCUGUGGGGCGUAUGGAGAAGCUGUACAACCCACCAGGGUUACUAAAUUGGUGGACGACAAAUUUGAUGGGCCACUGAAGAACAGGGAAUGCCGGGAUGUUUUCUUCCUUCUCCUCUUCCUGGUUUUCCUUGGUGGAAUGGGCUAUCUUACUUACCGGUCUGCGUCCCUGGGCAGCCCGAACCAUCUGCUAUACGGCACAGACAGCUGGGGAAACGUGUGCAAUCAAGAGAAUGAUGUCAUCCCAGGUUCCAAUAUGUCAGGUCAAGAUACCACUGGUCUUAGAAAUCUGUUUUACUUCAAGAAAGACUAUCUGAAGGCUGUAUCCAGUGGCGACCCACUCGCCUCGCAGUCCGUGACCAUCUGUGUCCAGUCGUGUCCAAACGUAGCCAUUACUAGCGAUGCGGAACUGAAAGCUUUCGCCGAGAAUCCAAAUGGCGCCAAACUCUGUGAAUACGGACUAGUGGUGAGCAGUUACAGCUCCGGAGACGCUUCCGGUACCGGGCAAUGUCCACCACUUCCCGUAGACCAGCAGACUACGGUAUUCAACCGUUGUAUUCCGACCAGUUUACUCAGCGCCUUGAAGAGAGUUGGCGAGUUUUUCAGCAAGUUCCUUUCGCUGUUCGAUGCAAACUUCGGAGAAAAAUGUGCGGAAGAUCUAACUAAAACCUGGCCGAACAUCGUUUAUCUGUGUGUCUUUGCUUUAGGAGCGUCUGUGUUUGCGCUGAUAUUUCUGAGAUUCUUCGCUGGAAUCCUGGUGUGGUUGACAGUAAUCGUCAUAGCCCUGGCCAGUCUAGCGGGUACUGGGUUCUGUUGGUACUACUACGUUGAAAAGCGCACGACUGAGUGGUUGGUGGGGGCAAUUGCAGCCAGUGUAGUCGCUUUAAUCAUUUUACUGAUUUUACUUGUGCUGAGAAAGAGAAUAAAGCUGGUAGUACAGUUAUUCAAAGAAGCUGGGAAAGCUGUGGCGUGCAUGCCGUUACUGUUGGUACAACCAUUCGUGACGUUACUGAUUCUGGGUGGAGUCACUUCUGGUUUGGUCUACAUAUUCCUCUGUAUGGUCACGUCACGUCACCCUGUUGUUGAUUCAUCUACAGGAUACGUCAACUUCAUAGCCGAUGACAUCAUGAAGUAUCUGUACGCCUACCACUUCCUGGGAUUGAUAUGGAUAACACAGUUUAUUACUGGCUGUGAAAGACUGGCAGUAUCGGGGGCGGUGGCGGAAUGGUUCUUCACUAGAAACAAAAAUGAACUCAGCUGGCCAAUUGCAGUUUCAAUAAAACGCCUUAUCAGGUACCACUUGGGUUCUGUCGCACUUGGAUCACUUCUAGUUGCUAUUGUGUCACUAAUUCGUCACACACUCAGCUUUAUUGAAGGGAGGCUAUCCGGUGCCUCAAAUAUGAUUGCCAAAUUCUUUCUGAAGUGCAUGGGAUGCUGUCUGUGGUGUUUUGAGAAGUUUCUGAAGUUUCUCAACUCUAACGCUUACAUCCAAAUUGCCAUCAACGGCUACAACUUCUGCAAGGCUGCCAAGCAGGCGUUUCUCCUCAUAGUGUCCAACGCCUUGAGGGUGGCAGCCAUUAACUUCGUCGGCGACUUCGUGCUGUUCCUUACCAAAGCUAGCAUUGUGGCCGUCGUGGCUGUAGUUGGUAUACAAGUGUUCAAGAAUGAAGACGGAAUCAACUACACAUGGCUCCCGAUUACACUGGCCUGUAUAUUUUCCUACCUUGUUGCCAACAGCUUUCUGGGUGUGUACGAGAAAGCGAUUGAUGCGAUAUUCGUGUGUUUUGUGGAGGAUUCAGAUAGAAAUGACGGAGUAGAUCGACCUUACUUUAUGAGUGUAGGGUUAAUGAACUUUGUGAAAAACUGCGGCGAGGCACAGGCUGUUGCUAAGAACAGAACGCCGAGAUUUUAAGUUCAAAUUCACUAAAAAAAAACCCCCAGCAUUAACUCGACAUUAUUAUAUUGCUUCUUUUUCGUUUUUUUACAAUAAAUGUGUGACGUGAGCUGGACCUUUCUUGGCGUUUUUAAAAAAAACAUUAAUAGUCAAUUUUGCCAGAACUAUUCUAUAUUUUGAGCCAAUUUCUGUGUGGGUGUUCCAUCAGAGAAAUGUUCAAACACGCCUGUCGUGGGUCACAACCUCUGGCUACGCCAGAGAGUUCUGUUGAAGAUAGAAGCCAAUUUCUAUAAAUUAUCUCUUUAUAUAAACUUUAUCUGUGGUAUGUUUCAAUGUGUGCUUUUUGAAAUAUAUAUCAUAGUUUGGACCAUGAUGUCAACAUAAAUGUGCUUUUUUUUCAUAUAAAUUUUGAUAAUUUAACAAAUUAUUUCUACUGCUUAUGUAUUUCUUCGUACCAUGGAGCUGUUUGUCAUACUAAUAAUAAAUUUGAACAAAAUCGGGGGCGGUUUAAGGAUUUUAAGAAGGGAGAUUGGGGUUACAGCAUCUAUACGUGCUUGCUGGGUGAGGGUAAACUCAUUUCUUUUUUGUAUUUCUUUUUUUGAAGCUUUUUGAAUCCCUAACACCCUUAAAUCAGCUACUGAAAAUGUUUGCCAGGUUCUAUUCUAAUCAGAUUGCGAUGGAGUGCACUAACUUUAACAAAUAUGUAAACACUAGUAAUUUAAAGUUUACUUAUAUAUAUCGACUAUGGUAGCGUUUACCUGUAAUCAUUAAGAGUACGCAAAUCGCCUUUAACUCAGAAACAUUCCAAUUUUCAAACCUGUUUUCUUUUUUAUACUGUAUAUUAUUGUAAUUGAUAUAUAAUGUUCAAUGUUGCAUUAAUUAAAAGCUGCACUAAUUA